CCACUAUACGCUAUUUUAUCAAUCAUGAGUGAUAAUCCAAGAUUUGAGCAUAGUGGCACUGUCGAUGAGAAGGCUUUGGAAAACAAUAAUCCCAAGGAUAAUGCAUCCUUUACUGACAUUGCCAACGCUACUACGUUCGAGACAUACGGCCAUGUUCAGAGAGACCUGAAGGCUCGACAUGUAACCUUCAUCGCACUCGGCGGGAAUCUUGGCACAGGGCUGUUUCUGGGUAUAGGACGGGCACUGAGGACGUCUGGACCGCUCUCACUCUUCCUUGGAUAUGCCAUUGCCAGCUCUGCUGGCUUCAUGAUGAUGAUGGCGCUGGGAGAAAUGGCCGCGUGGCUGCCGCUACCUGGUGCCAUUCCCCAAUUCUGCGCCCGCUAUGUCGACGAUGCCCUCGGUUUUGCUGUUCGCUGGAACACUUGCGUUGCUGUGUGGAUUGUGAUUCUCAUCGUUGCCCUGCUGGCACUCAAUAUACUGGCAGUCAAAGUAUAUGGAGAAGCUGAGUUUGCUUGUGCGGUGAUCAAACUCUGUGGAAUAAUCGGUCUACUUAUCACAGCUCUCGUGAUUGAUCUUGGAGGAGUCCCAACCCAGAAUCGGCUCGGAUUCCAUUACUGGAAGACCGACGGCAUCAUGAAAGAGUAUAUUGCGUCAGGUAGCACUGGCCGGUUCUUGGGGCUUUUUUCCACACUAGUCAAUGCUUCGUUUUCCCUGGGUGGUGUUGAAACCGUCGUAGUCGCCGCUGGAGAAGCCGAAAAUCCGCGACGAAACAUCCCCAGGGCCAUUAGACGUGUCUUUUGGCGACUCUUGUUCUUUUUCGUCCUUGCCUCCUUCGCGCUUGGACUGAUUUGUCCCAGUAACAAUUCUAGGUUGCUGGGAGAUAGUUCUUCCUCCAAUGCUGAGUCUCCCUGGGUGAUUGCAAUCAACCUAGCGGGGAUCAAGGCCCUGCCAUCCAUUGUUAACGUUGUGGUCCUCAUCGCCGGCAUUUCCUCCGGGAAUUCAUACCAGGCUCCUAGGAUCUUCCUACGUUGUACCGAACAAGGGAUCCCGAUUUACGCCCUUCUGGUGACCAUGUCAAUCUCUUUCCUAACAUUCAUGUCAAUGGGCUCCAGCUCAAACAUUCCUUACUCCACAUACUUUACGUUGAUAUAUCUAUGCAUUGUGGUCUUCUUCAACGGCUUCGAUUCUAUUGCCGGUGGCUUCAACCUCCCAGGGUUCAUCACGUCAUACAUCGGCUUCCCCCUUUUCUUCGGUUUCUUCCUCUUCUGGAAGAUCUUGAAGCGCACAAAAUGGAAGCGGCCUGAAGAAGCCGAUCUUUUUACCGGAAAGGCUGAGCUAGAUGCAAUAGAGUGGGCUCGGAAGAUACCGAGGAACUUUGUGGAAAGAGUGUGGUUGGCUUUUAUUUGA